CAUGCGGUGUCCCCAAAUACUCUCCAGCAAAUUUGCAGUUAGCUAGAUUCAGCUUUUAGGUGACUGUGAUCACGUCCUAGGCAGGGCAUUAUUCGCCCUACUAAAACGCAAUAUGGACGAAGUAAAUAAACUCCAGUUCCCGUCCCUUCCUGCGUCCAAGGAGGAUCAACUGGACUGGGCAUAUGCUAUGAGAAGAGAAAUGCAGGAAAUUCUCCCAGGCCUGUUUCUAGGUCCAUAUUCAGCUGCCAAGAAGAGCAAGCUACCAAUGCUCGAGAAGCAGGGUGUUACACACAUUGUUUGUGUCAGACAAGAUAUAGAGGCCAACUUCAUCAAGCCAAAUUUUCCCCACAAAUUUAGAUACCUCGUUUUAGAUAUUGCGGAUAACCCGGUGGAAAACAUAAUUCGAUAUUUCCCAAUGACUAAAGAAUUCAUUGAUGGAUGUUUGCAGAAUGGGGGAAAGGUACUUGUUCACGGAAAUGCAGGGAUAUCAAGAAGCGCUGCCUUAGUUAUUGCUUACUUAAUGGAAACAUUUGGGAUAAAAUACAGGGAUGCUUUUAGCCACGUUCAAGAGAGAAGAUUUUGCAUUAAUCCUAACGUUGGUUUCGUACAUCAGCUGCAGGAGUAUGAAGCUAUUUACCUUGCGAAGCUCACUAUCAAGAUGAUGUCUCCCAUUCAGUUGGGUCGCUCCUUUUCCAUUCAGGCUGGAAUGCCAGGUAGCCUGAAAAGAACACUAGAGGAAGACGACGAUUUUGGGAGUAUGCAAGUUACAGCAGCACAGAAUGGCUGAAGUGUAGCUUCAUGUGCUAAUUUGCUAUAG